AUGAAAUUCACCCUCUUCACUGCAUUGGUGGUCCUUCUCCAGAUCUCCAACACUUUGUCAUUGAGCCUCCCAACAGUCGCCCUUGGGGGCACCAAAAGCGGGCCUCGUCAUAUUUCUGAGAUCGAGAUCGCAAAGCGUCGUGGUGGCGGGGGAGGAGGAGGUCGUGCAGGGGGCAGCAGUAGUGGGGGAGGAAGUGGUGGCCGCACCGGCAGUAGUGGAGGGAGCAGCAGCAGUGGAAGCAGUUCUCGAACUAGCUCAUCUACCAACGAUGGAGGCUCAACUCGCAGUGGUUCGGGGUCACAACCGGCCUAUGGCGGAGGCAAAUACUAUGCUGGUGGUGCCACAACCCCCUAUACUGCAGGCUCCCGGUCGCGCUCCGGCGUGACACCCUACCUUGUACCUGCAACCGGGUUGGCCUUCUUCGGGUUCUGGGCAUACAACGUCUACGCAUAUCCAUACCCCCAUCAUUACUAUUAUGUGAAUCAGACCUCACAUCGCAAUGAAUCCAUGCCCGUGGUCUGUCUGUGCCAACAAUACCUGGAAUGCGGUUGUGAUGAUAACUCCAAUUCUACCUACUAUGAGUCCCUAUUCAACGGAAGCCAACCUACCAACACAAGCAUCACAAAAGUUGCCAAUGUGAAUGGUACUGAGUCGAUUUAUAUUAAUGGUACACUAUCCAAUGGGACCCCCGUGGCUGAUUCUUCUGCCUCGUCCACCGCCGCAAUGGGGCCGAAAAGCCAGUUGAAGCCUGUCAACGGGUUCUGGACUAUCGUUGCAUUGGUCAUGGGCCUGAUGUGGGCUUUGUGA